AUGGCUGGCAGCGACGAGCCUCUUGACCCGACCAGCAAUUCGGCGCCCGAUCUGCAGAUUCUAGGAGAUGAGAUCACUCUGCAACCCGGUGGCUACCUGGAGCCGGAGAAGGGCGUCGCGGAGGGGAGGGAAGAAGCAUUGAUGAACCAAUUCGCGUCGUUUCGGUCCGAGCCUCUGCAGCCCAGAUUUCUUCGGGAGGUCUCCCUUUACGUUUCCGGCCAGGGAUGGCGCGCAUACGAUAAUGUCAUCGGGCAGCCCGUCUUCUACCCUGGAUUCACUCAAAACAUGACGUCCAUGGUCAUGUCUGCGCCGCUUCUCCAGAAGCGCAUCUCGCAACUGGCAGAGAGCCGCGUUGCCGUCGAGGAAAAGGAAGGACUUCUAAAUAAGAACGACAAGGACUACGUGACGAAGCGGGCACAACGCCGUGUGGCCCUGGAAAACUCCUUGCAGGAGGUUGCCGAGAAGCUAACCGACGAAAUGAUUUGCAAAAUGGAGAGCAAGACGUUUAUCCGAGGUGCCUACUACAUGGUCACUCAGCUUCUGACGAGAGCCUAUCACCAGGGUAUUCACGUCUCCAGUGAGGAAGUCUUGCGUCUACGCAAAGUCGCCGAUCUUGCUGCCAAGAAGAAGCAAAGCAUUGUCUUCCUCCCCAGCCACAGAUCGCACGUUGACUACGUGAGCCUUCAGCUCAUUUGCUACCGGCUUGGUUUGACUCUGCCCGUCGUGGUGGCUGGUGAUAACCUCAACUUCCCUCUUGUUGGAAGCUUCUUGCAGCAUGCUGGCGCAAUGUGGAUCAGACGCUCCUUCGGCGAGGACGCACUUUACUCGACUCUGGUCCAGUCAUACAUCGACACAUUACUUCAACAGGGUUACAAUUUCGAAUGUUUCAUCGAAGGGGGUCGAUCGCGUACCGGAAAGUUGCUGCCGCCUAAAUUCGGUAUUCUGAGCUUCGUUCUCGACUCGAUUCUUUCGGGUCGUGUCCAAGACACCAUUAUCUGCCCUGUUAGCACUCAAUAUGACAAGGUUAUUGAGACGGAGGGAUACGUUACCGAACUGUUAGGUGUUCCCAAGAAGAAGGAGAAUCUUGCCGACUUCCUUUCCGGAGGCUCUUCGGUGCUGUCCUUGAAGCUUGGCCGCGUUGAUGUGCGAUUCCACGAGCCCUGGAGUCUACGAAAAUUCAUCGAUGAGCAACUCACAAGAAUCCCCAAUGUACCUCGCGGCCUGGACACAGAUCAUCGUAACCCGGCUGUCAGGGCGGUUCGUGAAAAGAUUCUGCGGACUCUCGGCUACAAAGUUCUUGGAGAUAUCAACGCCGUUUCCGUUGUCAUGCCUACUGCUCUUAUUGGCACUGUCUUGCUUACACUCCGAGGUCGCGGAGUUGGUAAGCAAGAACUGAUUCGUCGCGUCGAGUGGCUCACUGCUCGCGUAAGAGCAAAGGGCGGCCGUGUCGCGCACCCUGGUAAUGCACCGCUUUCAGAGAUUAUUGAUCGUGGCCUGGAGGUUCUUGGCAAAGACUUAGUUGGUGUGGUUGACGGACUCGCUGAACCCACCUACUACGCUGUCGAUCGCUUCCAGCUUUCUUUCUAUCGCAACAUGACCAUUCAUCUCUUCAUUUACGAAGCCCUUGUCAGCGCCGCCAUGUACACACGUGUCAAGCGUGGUGGAGGGCCUUCAAUGCAGGUUAUCGAGUUUGAGGAACUCAAGUCGACAGUUUUCUUCCUAUCGUCCCUGUUCCGUGGCGAGUUCAUCUUUGGCAGUGCUGGCCUCGAUGCCAACCUGGAAAAGACGCUCAAGGGACUGGAGGCUGACCGCAUCGUGAAGCUCACCAGGGAUGAGAAGGGCAACGUGGUUCAAGUUGGUCUUUCAGAUGAAGAGCGCAGAGCAGGACGCGAGAACUAUGAUUUCUACUGCUUCCUGAUCUGGCCCUUCAUUGAAGCCAGCUGGCUGGCUGCUGUGUCCCUGAUGGGGCUAAGCCCGCCUGGAGAUGCGACUGACGUCUGGGUUGAACAAUCCAAAGCGCAAAAUAGUGCUCAGCUCCUUGGGAAAACUCUAUAUCACCAAGGUGAUCUAUCCUAUUUCGAGGCCGUAAACAAGGAAACGCUCAAGAACUCGUAUACAAGAUUCGAAGAGGACCAAAUGGUGCACGUUGUGAAGACCAAGGACUCCAAGAUCCCUCCUCGCAUGCAGCUAGAUCCGUCCUGGAGGCCACCGCGAGACCCUGAAACCGGUGCUUUGCUCGCAGAGGGGAAGCUCUGGGACUUUACGGAAAAGAUUGCCAGCUGCCGCCGGGAGGGUAAGAACCGAAGAGACGGCGCGACUGUCAGUAGCCGCGUGCUGCGGCUAACCGAUGAGCUCGGACGAAAGCUGUUCGAGCAGGCGGAAGAAAGCGCCAAGGCCGGCAAGCAAAAGAUCCCCAAUCGUCUGAGCCAAGAGGAAGCAGAAACGCUGCACAAGACUGUAGGCGAGGCGCGUCGGCGCAGAAAGAUGCGGGGGAGGCCAAACCUAUAA